UUUUUUUUAAGUGUGAUUGCUAGAUUCAAAAAUCUUGUGAAUUAACGCAUAAAAUCUUUCACUAGCUUAAAGUUUGUUAACUUUUCCCCGAAGCAUUAGUGGGCAGUAAAUUUCCUGCUUGUUCGAAAAUUAUUUUAGAGCUGUUACCAUGAAGCUGAUACACCUGACAAUUGUUACUACUUUCUGCUUUUGCGCUUCUCCGGCAGUACUUAUCGGCAAGUCAGGCUCUGACAGCUACGGUCAACCACCGAGUCUAAUAUUACAGUACGGUCCACCAAAACAUCACACACCGCAUCGUGAGUACGGGGUGCCACAACAGAUACCCUUUCAAGAGUAUGGUCCACCUGCGCUAAAGUAUGGACCGCCGAAGCUAAACUUUUUGGGAGUUGGUGGAGGAUCAUCUUCGUCAAGUGGCUUACAUGAACAGAUUAAGACGCACUUUGGGGUUCCCAAGCCAUUUUAUGGCCCACCCCAUAUACAUCACAAGCCCGCAACACAGUAUGGCUCACCGUCAUCAAAAUCAGUUUACGGACCAACUCCAACAAAGUAUGGUCCACCACUGCAACCUCCACAACAAUACGGACCGCCGAAACAACCAAGUCUUCAAUAUGGUCCUCCACCAACUUUAAAACUGCAGCACCAUUCGGCUCAACGCUACGGACCUCCACCUCCAAAACCACACUUCCACAUUUCUUCAGCAACAACACAGCCAUUACCUCCCCCGCAUCCAGCUCCACUGUUUAAGCCAGCCAAUCAACCAUCCACGUCUUAUGGUCCACCCGCAUCCGGCCCAUUGAAUCUGCCGCCUAAGCCAGUGUAUGAAACACCAGCAAAUUAUGAACCACCUCCACUUCCUAUUAGUCUGCCUCGACCACAGUCCGCAAGCAACAAUCGCGUACCCACGCAGACUAUUAUAUUUACUGGGCCUGGUGGUCAGCUGCUACCGGGAGGCGCAACAGGUGGCCCCGUCAAGCAAGCUCAAAUCCUGAUCGAUGCCUCUGGACACACUCACAGUAGUUCACAAGUACCUUUUCACACAGCUUGCGAUGGGUGGAAGCCCAUACCUGCACCUGUCGGCGCUUAUUUUGAAGAGAACCGCAUCGAAACGCAAGAUGGUUACAGCAACGUCCAACAGGGCCCCAUAAAGGGCAACAGUGAAAGUCAGAAUUUUGGCACCAAAUACAGUGUAAGUAGUACCACCGAAGAGGGUGGCAUUAUUGACGGUCUUUCCGAUGAACAACUAGUAGCGGUGGCUCUUCAAAAAGAUGCUAGUAACGUGAUCACUGGUACAGGAGGCGAUGCACAUUUGAAUAACAUUGAAUCUGACGCUUUACAGCUCUCCAUUGGUUCCAUUGAUGACUCCUAUUCCAAGCCGCCAGCAGAUUCAUUUGCACCUGGGGCUGUACAUGCCCAUAAAUACCAAACCUUAGUUGGUGGUUCAGGUGUUGCUCUGCCAUUAUCACCUGCACCUAUACCUCAGUAUGGAGCUCUACCGCCACAGCGUGCAACUUUAACCAGCAGCAACGGUCAGGCACAUUCACACUCAAAUAUAAACAUACAGUUCGAUUCUGCCUCAGGCAAUCCACAGCCUUUGCCUCAACAUGGUGCUAGCCAUCCCAAUACGCCGGUAGCCUACCGUUCGCCAGUCCCAACUGGCUUGUUGGAGUCCAUUGGGGCUACCGUGCACCACUUGGACCUAUUUGGUGUAAAACCCCAGCAGCAGCCUCCUACUUACAUUCCUCCGGCUGCUCAUGAAAUUGCUUUAAAUGUACCCCCUGCACCACCACAAGUUUUAUAUGGCGCACCAUUUAAUCAGGCACUCUCACCGCAGGUCAUUGUUCAACAGCAACUGCCGCAGUCGCAAUUAAGACUAGCUUUCAAACCCCAAAAGCAUGUACCCGUCCCGCUGCCUCAAUCACAUUACCAACCCGCGCCACUGCAACCACCGACAAAGCAGCAGUACUUGCCCCCACCAACAUUUUUCCAUCAACAGCAGCAUCAACACUCAGAGAACAGUUACAGUGCCUCUCAGUAUGCACAACAAUAUGUAUAUUCACAGGGACUUCCUUUAGUACAGAAAGAAUCGAGGUUUAAUCAACAACCAUUUGUGGUGAAUGGUCCUCCUCCUUCCCCCAAGACGGUUAUAGUGCACGACUGUGGCCAUGGACCCAAUUUUGUCAAUAACAAUGGCUACCAAAUUCAGCAGCAGCAACAAACAUUUGGCAGCGUCACUGCGGCAUCCGAUGGUUCAUAUAAUGCCAUUGCGCAAAGCAUCCCAGUGGCUGAGCAGCACACACAGUUUCUCAGCAUCCCCGCUGACAGCUAUGGACCUCCGCCUUCGGGAAAUAAUUUUGAUUUUGACCACUCCGGAUAUGCCUCACAGAAAUCGGCAGUAACCGCGCUGCCAGGUGAUACAGAUCCACAGCAGUUACCGGAUUUGAAUGGAUUAAAUGUAAUUUCGGCUCAGAAAUCGCAGAGUAUAAAUCUGGGCUCAGGUGUUGACAAACCAAUUCAGAACUUUGAAGUUCAGUUUAGCAGUUUAUUAAACAGAGCAACUGGCAAUGAUGGAAACGGUGCAGCCCAUGUUGAACAGGGUGCCAAUCAUGAGGAAAUUCUGUCACAGGGUUUGUUGCAGUCCAUACUAACUGCCAUUGAGCAACCACAGUCACCUAGCGCACAGAGUCGGUCGGAUAAACAUCAACAUAAUGAUCAAAAUGAGGACCCGUUGGAAUUUGAGAAAGAGGUUCGAGUUGAAUUGCCUGCUUUAUCGAUUGCGAAUGGCAAUGAGGAGGAACGGCACAAGAAGGUUAAGGAGAUUCAGCCAAUUAAAGCUGUUGAAGUAAAGAAAGAUGUCAUGAAUUAAGUCUAGUCUAUAAAAAAGUAGCUUCUUUUUAAUAUGCAUAUUGCCGUAGUGCAUUUCCAUUAGCAGUGAAUGGCUUUAUUUCCUUUUAUUUAUUGCUGAUUCAUCUUUAUUAUUUACUCCAAUUGGCUUUUGUAAUUAACGUAUUUUUAUGACAAUCUGCCAUUAAAAAGUGUUUGAGACACGAGACGGUAACUGUUAAAACGAGUCACAGGAAACAAAAGAAGCUACAAAAAAAAAAUGUCGUACUCGACGUUAAAUCACUGCGUCGCCUAUCACCCAAUGGUGACAUAAUUUAAUAAAUAUGUAUUUUCCGUUUAAGCAUAUGUAUAAAACUAAACUUAAUAAACAAAUUUAUUUAUUGAA